UCCUUUUCCACGAAUCACCACCAUAAAGGAAGCAAACCCAUUAUAAAGGAGACAAGUCCUCAGUGGCGCAUACCGGGUUGGUGAAGACGCCCCCCCUAGGGGGAGACGAUUGCACUGCGAAGUUGAAGGGUCUGCAGGAGAGGGGAGGAUGAAACCAGAUUCGCUCACUUGCCAGAGACUGACCACUUUGGUGCAAGCGGACCCCGGGAAAGCAGCUUCCCCUUAAGGGCCGAGGAGCCCCGGCACUUUGAAAGUUCCUUCCUUGCCCAGACCCAGGAGAAAUAAGGGGUGUGAAGGCGGAGCCACUGGGCUGGCGACACCCUUGCCAAGGUCCAGCCCUCUCCCACCUUCCUACCACCUUAGGGAGUUGGCCCGGAGAACGGGAUCACCCUCUCAAUGAAAGGCAGAUGUCCCUUUAAGGUUUGCUUUGCAGCCGGUGGACUUUAGCCUAAACACGGACGCGCGAAGCUGGCUUUAUUUGUCCAUGUCUCAGACAGAGCCUGGGAGGCUGCCAGUGGCAUUUCAGAGACCGAAAGCGCGAAGGGGCGGGCGAUGUGGCAAUCCGUCUGGGAUGUGAAAAGCGUGGAGCGGACUUAGAGGCAUUCGACCAAAACACAGGAAAUCACUCCUCCGCGGCUCCUGGACGCCGCGGCAGGCCGGGGCCAGGACUGAGACCCGCGGCGGCGGGCAGAGUGGCCCAGAGCGCGCGGCUCCGCGCCUCCCCCGAGCGCUGCAGUCGCUCCGGCCAUGGCCCCCCAGCUCUACACCAGCCCAAGGGUCGCCGUCGCCUGCUGCUGGUUCCUCACUGCUCUUCUAGGCUUCUGCAUAUCAUUCAAUGUUGAUGUGAAAAACUCAAUGACUUUCAGUGGCCCAGUGGAGGACAUGUUUGGAUAUACUGUUCAACAAUAUGAAAAUGAAGAAGGAAAAUGGGUGCUUAUUGGUUCUCCUUUAGCUGGCCAACCCAAGAACAGAACUGGAGAUGUCUAUAAAUGUCCAGUUGGAAGAAACAAAUCAUCACCUUGCAUAAAAUUGGACCUACCAGUUAAUACAUCAAUUCCUAAUGUCACGGAAGCAAAGGAGAACAUGACCUUUGGAUCAACUUUAGUCACCAACCCAAACGGAGGGUUUCUGGCAUGUGGACCCUUAUAUGCCUAUAGAUGUGGACAUUUACAUUACACAACUGGAAUCUGUUCAGAUGUCAGCCCCACAUUUCAAGUCGUGAACUCCAUUGCCCCUAUACGAGAAUGUAGCACUCAGCUGGACAUAGUCAUAGUGCUGGAUGGGUCCAACAGUAUUUACCCCUGGGAAAGUGUUACAGAUUUUUUAAAUGACCUGCUGGAAAAAAUGGAUAUUGGCCCUAAACAGACACAGGUUGGAAUUGUACAGUAUGGAGAAAACGUAACCCAUGAGUUCAACCUCAAUAAGUAUUCAACAACAGAAGAAGUACGUGUUGCAGCAAGUAAAAUAGUCCAGAGAGGUGGUCGCCAAACUAUGACAGCCCUUGGAAUAGACACGGCAAGGAAAGAGGCUUUCACUGAAGCCCGGGGUGCACGAAGGGGGGUUAAAAAAGUCAUGGUUAUUGUGACUGAUGGAGAGUCCCAUGACAACCACCAACUGAAUAAGGUCAUCCAAGACUGUGAAGAUGAAAAUAUUCAGCGGUUUUCCAUAGCUAUUCUUGGCAGCUAUAACCGAGGAAAUUUAAGCACUGAGAAAUUUGUGGAGGAAAUACGAUCAAUUGCAAGUGAGCCCACUGAAAAGCAUUUCUUCAACGUGUCUGAUGAACUGGCUCUGGUCACUAUUGUUGAAGCUCUGGGAGAAAGAAUAUUUGCCCUGGAAGCUACAGCUGAUCAGUCAGCAGCUUCGUUCGAAAUGGAAAUGUCUCAGACUGGCUUCAGUGCUCAUUAUUCACAGGAUUGGGUUAUGCUUGGAGCAGUAGGAGCCUAUGAUUGGAAUGGGACCGUCGUCAUGCAGAAGGCUGAUCAAAUCAUCGUCCCCCCAAAUACAACCUUUAAUGUCGAGUCUACCAAAAAGAAAGAACCCCUUGCAUCUUACUUAGGUUACACAGUAAACUCUGCUACUGUUUCUGGAGAUGUCCUCUAUAUUGCUGGACAACCGAGGUACAAUCACACAGGCCAGGUCAUUGUCUACAGGAUGGAAAAUAGGGAUAUCCAGAUUCUCCAGACACUCCAUGGAGAACAGAUCGGUUCUUACUUUGGCAGUGUUUUAACAACCAUUGACAUUGAUAAAGAUUCAAAUACUGAUAUUCUCCUGGUUGGGGCUCCCACGUACAUGGGAACGGAGAAGGAAGAACAAGGAAAAGUGUACGUGUACGCCCUGAAUCAGACAAGGUUUGAAUAUCAAAUGAGCCUGGAACCCAUUAAACAGACUUGCUGUUCGUCUCUGAAGCACGAUUCAUGCACAAAGGAAAACAGAAACGAGCCAUGCGGGGCUCGUUUUGGAACAGCGAUUGCGGCUGUAAAAGAUCUCAAUCUUGAUGGAUUUAAUGACAUCGUGAUAGGAGCUCCACUAGAAGAUGAUCAUGCGGGUGCUGUGUACAUUUAUCAUGGAAGUGGCAAGACGAUAAAGGAAGAGUAUACACAACGUAUUCCAUCAGGUGGAGAUGGUAAGACACUGAAAUUUUUUGGCCAAUCUGUCCAUGGAGAAAUGGAUUUAAAUGGUGACGGUCUGACUGAUGUGACUAUCGGAGGCCUUGGUGGUGCUGCCCUCUUCUGGUCCCGAGAUGUGGCUGUAGUUAAAGUAACCAUGAAUUUUGAACCCAACAAAGUGAAUAUUGAAAAUAAAAACUGCCAGGUGGAAGGAAAGGAAACAGUGUGCAUAAAUGCUACAGUGUGUUUUGAUGUGAAGCUAAAGUCCAAAGAAGAUGUGAUGUAUGAAGCUGAUUUGCAGUACCGUGUCACACUAGAUUCACUAAGACAGAUAUCACGAAGUUUUUUCUCUGGAACUCAAGAAAGAAAGAUUCAAAGAAACAUCACAGUUCGAGGCUCAGAAUGCACUAAGCACUUCUUCUACAUGUUGGACAAGCAUGACUUUCGAGACUCUGUGAGGAUAACUUUAGAUUUUAAUCUUACUGAUCCAGAAAAUGGACCUGUUCUUGAUGAUUCUGUACCAAACUCAGUACAUGAAUAUAUUCCCUUUGCCAAAGAUUGUGGAAACAAGGAAAAAUGUAUCUCAGACCUUGGCCUAGAUGUAUCCACUGUAGAAAAGGGCCUGUUGAUCGUCAAGUCCCACAAUGAUAAGUUCAACGUUAGCCUAACAGUGAAAAAUAAAAAGGACAGUGCGUAUAACACCAGAACAAUCACGAACUAUUCUCCAAACCUAAUUUUUUCAGGAAUUGAGGCUAUUCAAAAAGACAGUUGUGAAUCCAAUCAUAAUAUCACAUGUAAAGUUGGAUAUCCUUUCCUGAGAAGAGGAGAAGAGGUAACUUUCAAAAUAGUAUUUCAGUUUAACGCAUCUUAUCUCAUGGAAAAUGUCAUCAUUCAUUUAACUGCAACAAGUGACAGUGAAGAACCUCCUGAAGCCCUUUCUGACAAUGAGGUAAACAUUUCUAUCCCUGUGAAAUAUGAAGUUGGACUACAGUUUUACAGCUCUGCAAGCGAAUACCAUAUUUCAAUUGCGGCCAAUGAAACGGUCCCUGAAAGUAUUAAUUCUACUGAGGACAUUGGAAAUGAGAUUAACAUCUUCUACUUGAUUAGAAAAAGUGGACAUUUCCCAAUGCCAGAACUUAAGUUGUCAAUUUCAUUCCCCAAUUUGACAUCAGAUGGUUACCCUGUGCUGUACCCAACUGGAUGGUCAUCUUCUGAUAAUGCAAACUGCAGACCCAAUAGCCUUCAGGAUCCUCUUGGAAUCAAUUCUGGGAAGAAAACGAUUAUAUUCAAAUCUGAAGAUCUCAAACGAGGCACAAUUCUGGACUGUAGUACGUGUAAAUUUGCUGCCAUCACAUGUAAUCUGAUGCCUUCUGAUGUGAGCCAAGUGAAUGUUUCACUUACCUUAUGGAAACCAACUUUUAUAAAAGCACGUUUUUCCAGCUUAAAUCUUACUGUACGGGCGGAACUUCAGAGUGAAAAUACAUCCUUGGUUUUAAAUAGUGGCAAUAAAAAACGAGAGCUUGCUAUUCAAGUAUCCAAAGAUGGGCUACCAGGCAGAGUGCCAUUGUGGGUUAUCCUGUUGAGUGCUUUUGCGGGCUUACUGCUGUUAAUGCUGCUCAUAUUAGCCCUGUGGAAGAUCGGAUUCUUCAAGAGACCACUAAAAAAGAAAAUGGAGAAAUGAAAUAUUUUACAAGAGAAAAGAAUAACAAGUUUUCAAUGAUCUAUGCUCAGGUUUGCCUCAAAUAUGUGACAAGAAAAAUGUAACUAAAGACAUGGUCACAUUGUGUAAUCCAUCAGGGAUUAAUCACUUGGAGAAUAACAUAUUGGGUAUGAUCCAAAAAUAAUAACAUAAAGAUAUAUUUUAUAAAAUGAUGAAAGGUAUUUUAAAUAAGUACUCAUUUUUGAGUAUUUCAGCAAAAUUACAGUGUUUUAAGAGGAAGACUAACCUGUAUAAAUAUGUUUAUAUGUCAAAUAACCAUUCAAAGUAUUUAAGGAAUGCAUCAAAAGAUUUUUGUGAUCAUUGAAACAUCUAUUUUCAAAACAAUAUAAACAACUUUCUGCCGCGAUUCCUGUUGAAUAUUCAUAUUUAACAUGACAGCAUUGGUAAAUACCAAGAAAAAAACUACUUGAAAAAGAUCACUUCCUCCAACUCAGAUGAUAAAAAUUUCCUGUGAUAAAAUCGAUAUACAAUAUAGACUAAAAAUAGAAUUAAAUCACAGAGAAUACCUUCAGCAUCUUUGUGUUGGGUUCCGUACUUAGAAAUCUUUUUCCAAGGUAUUUGGAAAAUGAUACAAUUGAACUGAAAUUCUAUCUAAGAUAGAAAAUCAAGAUAGAAUCAUUGUUUAAAAAACAAGUGCACUGAAUGGAUUAAUUUAAGCUUUUACAGAACACACUUAAUUUUGAUACUGAGCUCUAAAACUCAAAAUUAUACUCAAAAAAACACUUAAAGCAAUUUUUAUUUUAUUUGUGUGGCAUAACAGUCAUUUGUCAUGAAAAGUCACAUUGCAUGAAGGGUAUGCUAAAAUGGUUUCUGAAUGGAACAUGGCUGCAUAGAUAGAGGCCACUGAGACUCUAAAAUCAUUUUUGCUGAGCAGCUUUUGAAUAUUAGGGUUCCCAGGAUGUAACCCAAAGGAGUUUCCUCAACUCCUUAGAACAUGGCUCAUUUAGAUCUCCAAGCUAUAAGAAUAUGUUUAUUUUUAAUUGUUUAAAAGAUAUUUUCCAAACAUACUUCUUGUUUUUAUAAAAAGGCAGUGUUCCAUUUCAGUAUUGCAUUUUACUAGGAAGUCAUUGUUUCUGAGUGUAGAAUAUCAAUAUGUAAAUAGAACCCCUGAAGCAUGGGCUUCUUUGUUCUUGAAGUCGUCAUUAUAGUGCAUCUGACUCUACUGUAGCACAAGCUCCUAGGUUGCUCAAUUUCUUAGGAAAACAACAAUGAAUGAAUGUAUAAUAGCUGUAUGUGUGAACUACUGCUGUCAAGUUUGCUGAUACUUCUGCAGCAACUCCACCUCUCCACCCGAUUUAUGGUCACAAGGCCAGAACCUGCAAUUAUCCAGAAAAUCAUGGACUCUGCUUUUCACAAAAAGCAGCUAAUCAAGGCAGAAAAUAAAUGUCGUGGAUUGAAUUUUUAGGAAUUAGUUUCCAAGGAAUUAUCUGAGAACUCAGAGUCAGCCUACCUCAUGGCUUCCAUAUCUGUAUCUAAGCUCCUGAAGGUCAAAGGGAUGCCUCUGGGGGAGGCCAAGGUCACCUGUAGUUAGAAGAAAGGUUAAAUGUUUCUGGAGACUCGAUGCCCUCCUGCUGGCCUGUCGUUGUUCAGAAAUGUCCACUUGUGGAAUUUCCUUCAAUCCAGCUAGCUCCAAAUUCAGAAAUUAUUCUUUCCAUCUGUUCUUUCUUUGCCGAACAAAACUCAGGGUCCCUCCCAAUCAGGGUCACCAUGUUGCACAACUCCAGUGCACAGCCUGCUCAGCAGCCCCGCUCCAUUCUCAGCAUUCUUAGAAGGAUAUCUAAGAGAUAAAAUGAAAUUCCCACUUGGCAUCUAUGACUGAUAGAUAAAGCAUUCACUGACCAGGAGUGUAUACAUUUAAGUGAAAUAUAUUGUUAAUCCAAAGGGGAAAAUAGAAACAAAGGAAUUUCAAACUUUUAAGGAAAGAGAGAAGGAGUUGUUUGGUCGGGACAGUUACUUAGAAGCCUGGCACAAUUUUUAAUAUCCAUCUUCCCUAAUUAUUAAACAGAAUAUUUAAUGAACUAGAGAUCCUAUUUCCCUAAGAAUUUGCUGAGAUUUAUGCAUACAUGUGUGGGUGUGAGUGUCUGUAUGUGCAUACACACACAAACUGAAUACAAAAUAACACCAAACUCCAGAGUUUCCAAGAAAAUAAACACACAAAACUGCAUCAGCAGGAAAAGUUUGAUUCUUCCACUUUGCGUAUAGUUUUCAUUCUCAUUAAUUUUUAGCUUACAGCUCUGCAACUAUCUAAAAAAUGUAAAUUCAGACACUUGGAUUAAAAAAUAAGUCAACAGAUAUUCCAAAUUAGCUUUGCACAAACGUGCUGAAAUGCAUUCAGUGAUUAAGAAAUACACUAAAUGCUGUCAUUGUGUUUUCAAAUAUUUAAUGGGCAGUACAAAAAAAAAAUUUUUUUUUUUUUUUUAUUUUAGACUGUAUAUGUACUUAUUGACUAAGUUGCCUGAGAACUUUGGUUCUUUUCUUUUUUUUUUUUUUUAACUUUGCAAUUCUUUAAAAAUGAUUUUUGCUUCAAUUCUAAAUGAACUAUGUAUGCAGUCCCUUAACUGACCAAACCUGCUAUGGUGUAUUGGUAAAUUGCUAAUCAACCAGCUCUCCAGGAAGAAAAAAACCCUGAUUUGUAUUAUUUCCAAUUUCAGUGGUUCUGAACAGUCUCACCACGACCAGUUUCACUCUAUCAGUGUGACUCUAAGUAGUUCACAAAAUUCCUGAAAAUUUAUCAAUUAGCUCUCAUGAACCAGGAUGAGCUGGCUUCAGCACACCACUGAGCUAGAUACAGAUUAGAUAGAUAAAUGUAGAUAUGGAUGUAGAUUAGCAUAUGUGUACAUAUAUAUGCACAUCUAUACAUGGAAUAUACAUACGCAUGAUAUAAUCAGAUGAUGCCGAAAAUGCUGAUUAUAUCAAAUCUAGUAGAUAUAAUGCCACAUAGUUUCUCAUUCUUCAAUUUCGAUUUCUAAAAUUAUAACCUUCCUUUAAUAUGAAUAAAACGUUAUGAACUGGCAGAAGAAGGAAGUAAUUGAAAGCAAAAAAAAAUAUAAAAGGUGAUAAGGUAAAAAAGCAGAUCUAUACAGACUGAAAGGAGCUGUUUUACUUUCUCAGGGAGUCUAGAGCCCUGUGAGCAACAUUCAGAAAGAUCCAAUCUGAACUUCAACUUCAGUGACCCAGUUUGUUAAACCAUUUCCUUCUGAGCACCAGAAUCAUUGGGAACUUAAUUUCUGAAUAUUUUUGAUGUCAUUGAAAGUAUGCUUGAAAAGAGGCUUGUAGGAAGAAAUACUUUUAUAAAAUUUGAUGCUUAACACAAUAAUUUUAUCUGUGUAUCUGUAUAUGUUUUUUUAUCUACAGCCCUGGUAGCGCAAUAGUUAAGCCCUCAGCUGCUAACUGAAAGAUGGGCAGUUCGAACCUACCCAGCAGCUUAGCAGUAGAAAGACCUGGCAAUCUGCUAAAAGAUUGUUGUUGUUAGGUGCCGUCAAGUUGAUUCCAACUCAUAGCAACCUUAUGUACAACAGGACAAAACACUCAGCCCGGUCCUGUGCCAUGCCCGCAAACGUUGUUAUGCUUGAGCCCAUUGUUGCAGCCACUGUGUCAAUCCAUCUCAUUGAGGGUCUUCCUUUUUUUCAUUGACCCUGUAGUUAACCAAGCAUCAUGUCCUUCUCCAGGGACUGAUCGCUCCUGACACCAUAUCCAAAGUAUGUGAAACGUAAAAUAGCCAUCCUUGCUUCUAAGGAGCAUUCUGGUUGUACUUCUUCUAAGACAGAUUUGUUCAUUCUUUUGGCAGUCCUUGGUGCUAAAAGAUUACAGCCUAGAAAACCCUAUGGGACAGCUCUUCUCUGUCACGUGGGGUCACUAUGAGUCAAAAUCAACUUGAUGUUACCUAACAACGACAUCUAUCCGUCUGUCUAUACACCCAUAUACAUAUAAAGAGACAGGGAGAGAUACAUAUGUAAAAUCCUCUUUUCCCUUUGUAAAAUAAGGUCUAGGCUCAGUUGGGAAACAGAAAUAUUUGUACCAAAAGAAAAUGUGGCUGCAUUGUAAUGGACAUUGUAAGCUGGGGUUGUGGUGGAUGAUGACCCUGCCCUCGAUGAUUCCCUCCUGGCAUCUCUGGAUGCCCACAGCAUGCACUGUGUAGGAUGGCUGUCCUACUGGGUUCCAUGUGGUAUGUUUUCAUACAGGGCAUGUAAGUGUCUUUGUUGAACACAUUGUUAACUGCUCCAGCUGAAUUGACUGUCUGUCUUGCUUUGCAUAACAUUGAGCAAACCAGGGAAGACCUGGGCCCAGAGCAUGAUUCCUGUGCCAGAUAGUCAGAUUAUUCUUCAAAUAAAGAGGCUUCUGGAAAACCAAUUUGUAAAGAUAGUAUUCUAUGCAUCUUCUUUUAUUUUCAAAUCUUCUCAACCCUCUCCCCAAGGGAGACUUUGGAGAAGACUAUUAGAAAAAAAAAUUUGCUCGUGAAACAUGUGCUUUGUUUGCUGUGAAUACCAGCUUCAGUGAAUUGCUCAUUUAUGCAAGGGUUCAGUCCUUGGUUCUCCAGUGGCACACUAAAGGAUUGAGAUGGUAUAAUGUUGCAGGAGCAAGGUGCAGUGUACUUCAGACAAGGAACAUCUUUGAGAGAUUUACGUACUAUUAUGGACCACUAUCAUGAGUCGGGAGCCCUGAUGGUGCAGUGGUUAAGGGCUCAGCUGCUAACCAAAAGGUCAGCAGUUCAAAUCCACCAGACCUUCCUUGGAAGCCCUAUGGGGAAGUUCUGCUCUGUCCUAUAGGGUCGCUUUGAGUCAGAAUUGAUUUGACAGCAACGGGUUUGGCUUUUUGAUUUGUUUCUUUAAUUAUGAGUCAGAAUUGACUCCUCACAACUAACCAUGACAACAACAUGGAGCAUUAUCGGCAACUGUGCCAAGGGGAAGCUGGCAAGAGUUAGCCCUUUCAUGAGUUUCCAUCAGCACUCUACUAUCCCCAUACCCACCUAGGACAAUGAUAAAUUAAAAAUACAAAAGAAGGGCUUUAAAACCCUCAAACUGUUGCUUUUUUUUAAAACGAAGAUAUACAAUCUACAUGUAAACAGCAGAAUAUUUAAUGCAAACACAUCUUCAAGGUGAGUCCAUAAGGACCCCCUUACAAUCACAUCACUGUCUCCAUACCCUUUGACACAAAAAUUCUGAAGCCACCGCUGGAGGUGAACUCUGUUAACUCUGCAAGGAAAGGAAACCCAAAGUACAUUAAACCAGUUGCCUUCAACAAGUCGAUUCGAUUCAUGGCUACCCGGUGUGUGUCAGAGUAGAGCUACGCUCCAUAGGGCUUUCAAUAGAUCUUUUUUUUUUUUUUGGAAGUAGAUCGCCAGACCUUUCUUCCAAGGAGACCCUGUUUGGACUCAAACAUCCAACCUUUCAGUUAGCAGCUGAAGAAUAACUGUUAGCACCAUCUAGGGACUCCCGAAGCACAUUACAGAGGGCCAAAUGCUGCAGGGUCCCAAAUGGAAGCCCUGUUGUGCUGCACUGUUAGAUAGAAAAAUUAUUAGGUAGAAUAAAUAGAGUUAAAAUUUAACAUUUUAAUCUGAUGAACAAAUCAGAAUCUUUGAUCAUCAUAUUAAAAUUUAACGUCAAAUUUACAAAUUCAUAGUCACAGCUUUUAACGAUCAACCUUGAGGACACAUGCCGGACUGUGUGUAGGUUCUCAAGUUCUGUUGCCCCCUACAACUGUACCCAAGAGAUCCAGUUCGUAACUGAUGGGAACGGAUCCACCUGCCAGGAUAAAGGCCCAAGCUGAAUCUCUGAAUCCUAUACUGUUCUUGUGUCCCAGGAUCAACCCACCACACCAGACACACAUGAGCGCUUCUUGUUGAAAUUCUACCAUAUCAAAAAAUGUGCAAGGGUGAAUAUCACUUCUAAUGUUGGACUCUUUGCUUUUACAUCAACUUUUUUUUUUUUUUAUUAAAUACAUCAAAACCUUCUCCAAUAGCUAAUGAGUUCAAAACUUCACACAAGACUUCCUUGCAUUCUUCUCCUACCACACAGGCUGGAGAAUUUCCUUGCCAUGAGGACUGGGCAGCAGGAGCCAGAGGAGGUUCACAGGGUCUCUCUGCCUUCUGCCUUCCAGUUGGUUUCUCCUCUUCUCAUCUGCAUGGCAGGGAUCUUUUGUUUUGAGUUGGGGCUUCCUCAGCAAGACCAUUUUAUGCCUUGUGCCCUGUGCAAAGCCUUGGCUGAUGGUAUGUAAUCCUUGU